GACUAUGCUUCUUCAUGUGUAUAAAUUGCACACGAUAUCCCCCUCAAUUUCAACGUUUCGAGAGAUGCUCAUUGGAUAUCAAUUAUCACGAGAAGAAUGAAGGCCUUUGCAUACGGUACACUCUCGUCCACUCUUUUAUUGAGCCUUGUCGAGGCUAAAAAGAUCUUCAUCGACAACGAUGGGCUAUCACCAACGCAAUUGCUCUUCCCAUUGGCUGCUGGUCAUGAGGUUGUUGGACUCUCCGCCUCUUUUGGCUCAUGUUCAUUGGUGGACUGUGUUGGUGUUGCAUCUGCAAUUGUUGAGGACUACAAUCUGUCCAGCUGUAUCCCAUUCCAUAUUGGUGCUCAACAACCCUUGUUGAGAACUUACGACACUUUCCAGCUGUGGGAAGACCUCUUUGGAGAACUCGUCUGGCAAGGUGGUUGGACUCCCGGUUAUGAAGAUACAUACACUUGGGACAACAUCACAAACGUGGAUGACAUUCCGGGUGCCAUUGCUUUGAUUAACGCAGUCAAGGAGUACAAAGACACAGAUCCCAUCACCAUUUACAUGGCUGGCUUGGGUACCACGGUGGCACAGGCGCUGUCAAUCUAUCCACAAUUGGUCAAUGAAACCGCCGGGUUGUACAUCAUGGGUGGGUAUAUCGAUACACAAAUGGCAGCAGCCACUGCAAAGGACUCUAUCGUCAUUGAUAUCAACACCGACAUCAACUUGAUCCAGGACCCAGAAGCGGCCCAGAUGGUUCUGACCGCGGGCUGGAAAGAGUUGUACAUUGGUGGUAACGUCACUAACUACUUGGUUCCAUCUCAGGCCUUGUACAACGAGUUCAUCGAAAGAGCCGGUGGAUUUGACGUCAUUGAAGACACUCCUUACUUGAGCUGGGUCCUCAGCUUACUGGGCACUGGUAACUACUCUGAAAACAACGACCAACAAACCUUGCCCUUCUGGGAUGACGUUGUUUCUGCGUACAUGUCAUGGCCAGAAAUGAUUCUUGAAAGCAGCGAAGUUUCAGUCGCCGUUGACACUGCUUUCUACUCACCAUUCUACGGUAACCUGAGAGUUUGGAACUCCUCCUGGGCACCACCGUCUGGUAUCAAGGUUGGAGCUGCUAAAAUCAUCGAUAAAGUUGACAAUGACUUCUUCUUUGGCAAACUCCUUGACACUUAUUACCAGAACUGGACUCAGUACUGUGAAGUUGGUGGUCCAGUUGAGUUGAUCCUGUAACCUCCCUGUCUUUUAUUCUAAUUCUCAUUCGAUACCACGUUAAUGCUACACCAUUCUAUAGC